AUGGGUGCCUUCCCUGCGGUGGCUUUGGCCCCUGUGGCCCUGGGCUGGCGCUCCGAGUGCAACAUCGAGGGCCUGGACGUGCAGGUGUUCAUUCAUGGCAUCGGGGAACGGUCAGACCAUGACGGCAGCGCUUGCCGUGUGGCGUGGUUGGACCACAAGGACCUGCAAAGUGCGGACGCUUCGGAGCUGCAAGGACGGGUCGAUUUCCUCUUCACGGACUCACGAUCCUAUGUGCCCUUUCGCGGGCGUCACGGCUCG